AUGACAACACCACGCCCCUGGACGCCCCCCCUCCUCCUCCGAAUCCGCUUCACAACCUCCCUCCCCGACCUCGAUCUCGACAUCCCCUCCCCCUCCCAAACAACAGUCGCCGCCCUCAAACACCUCAUCCGCUCCCGCCUCGCCCAGCCAGACUCCCAGCGCCGCCUCCGCUUCAUCCACCAAGGCAAGAUCCUCCCCGACGCGUCCGCCCUCUCCUCCGUCCUCAGACCCCUCCCGCCGCCGCCCUCCUCAACCUCCGGCACCCCGACAACACCCUCCUUCCCGAGCGGCGGCUCCGCAGACGACCCAAAGGGCAAGGGCAAAGCAAAAGCCCACGACGCCGCCCCGCCGCGCGUCUACGUCAACUGCAGCAUCGGCGACAGCCUCACCGACGCCGAGCUCGCCGCCGAGGCAGAGGCCGCCCUCCUCGCGCCCUCCGCCCAGCCCAACUCCUCCUCCGGCACAAACGCGCCCGAUGGCCAUGGCUCGUCCCCCAGCGGGAGCGGCCAACCCCAGGCCCAGCAGCGCCCGACGCCCCGCGGCUUCGACAGGCUCCUCAACGCGGGCUUCACCGCCGCCGAGGUGAACGCGCUGCGCCUGCAGUUCCGCGAGAUCCGCGCCGCGCAGUACACCCCCGACACGAUGCCGAGCCCGGACACGAUGCGCUCGAUGGAGGACGCGUGGAUCGACACCAACGCCCAGGGCGCGCUGCCGGGCGGCGCGGGCGCGGGCGGCGAGGGCGGAGACGGCGGCGGCGGCGACGAUGCGUUUGGCGUGAUGAGCGGGGUUUUGGACGUGCUGAUUGAGGGCAUGAUUGUUGGGUUCUUUUGGCCGCUCGGGUGUCUUGGAUGGCUUUCGAGGGAGGGUAGCAUGCUUUCUGGACGCUGGCAGGAUUUCAUUGGGUUCGGCGUGACUUUGAGCAUCAUUAUUGGCGUGAUCAGAGCAUUUUCGGGAGACCGGUGA